AAGUAUUGCAGCAAAGAAUGAAAGAGUCAGCAAUAGUUUGCGGCACCUUUUAAUUCUCCGGCGGCAAUCCGUGUUCUUUUCCCAGCAAUUCUCUCAGGGAAUAGAAAAAAAAGAUGGUAACAAAUUAACAAACACAAUGACCCUGAAAUGUGCACCACUUAUCUAUAUAAGCAGCUUCCUCCUCCUCGCAUCACCCGGUCCAUCAUCUCCCUGUUAAUCGCUGCAGCUGGUGAAUCGCCUUCCCUGCUUGCCAAGUUGCCAACUUGCCAUUGCCGGAGCAGCAGCAGCAGCUGGUCGCCAUGAGCCGGGGCGGUGGCGUGGGCAAGCACCUCCAGCACGUGCGCUGGCUGUGGCGGGCGCCGCUUCGGGCGCUGAGCGCGGCGCGGGACCUGUACGUGCGCAGCCUCACGGGGUGCGCGGGGCAGCUCCCGGGGGACGCCGCCUUCGGCUACCCGUCCUUCGCCGGGGCGCCGGGGUUCCGCACCGACAGCUUCGCGUCGUCCCGUCGCUCCUCGGGCUCCGGGGACGAGGACCUGCGGGAGCUCAUCCGCGCCGCGUCGCAGCGGAGGGCGGCCGAGGCCGCCGCGGCCGCGCUCCCGGCGGCCGUGCCGCGGAGCCAGAGCGCGGCGGCCAUGGCGCGGAUCGACGAGGACGGCCCGUGCGACUUCGCCGGGCCCCUCGUGUUCCCCAGAAGCCGCAGCUGCGCCGUCGGGGCCGCGCCCAGGGGGAGGGGCAGGGUGGCCGCGCUCGCCGCCUGACGGUUCCUGCUGCUUGUUCGACGGCGGCUGCUCUGCAAGGUUGGAGGUCCUUGUGAUGAACACAACAUUACUGUACUCGUAUAUAUCAACGCUGUUCAUAGUGUACUCGAUUCUUUCCUCUCUCUUUUUUCGUUGAAGAUUUUUUUAAAGGCUGCUGAAACCUGCGGCUGCGUUCUGUAAUUUGUCCAGGAAUUGUUUCUGGACCUCUCCUGUGCCCUGUCCAUGUUCUAGUUGAUUUGAUUUGGGUGUUACUGUUGUGUUUGCGUAAUGCAAGUGUAAACACGGCAUGAUGAAUGCUGGCUUAAAUGGACUGGAAUUUCGUUUGGACAA